AUGGAUGCGGUGCAAGCAUUGGAUGAGGAUGGAGAGAGGGGAGAGCGGCAUCACAGUCUGAGAGGGAGGCUGAGCCCAUCCUACAAACACGGCAUCAUCGUGAUGAGAGACACACGGGAUGAUGGGAGUCAGCGUUUGGAGCAUUUUCUUGGCGACCUGGCUCUUCUGGGUUCAUUACAGGGAUUCCGGUACUUCCAGCCAUGGCUUCGAGGGAGAGAGGAGAUCCUGAUCACCGUAGUCAAUGAAGAUCUGAGCUGUCCCUCUCUCCGUUCGCCUGUCUCUCUCAGCAGUGACUCCAAUGGCCGCACUCCUGUCUACAACCAUGAGCAAAACGCCCACAGGGAUUCUUCUCUCCUCCCUCCCGCCUCUCCUUGUGAUAGAGAAAUUGCUAUCCCGGAGACGCACUGCACUCUUUUUCUAUUGGCUGCCUAUGCCAAGUAUGGCCGCCCGUAUGUCUGGGUAAGGUCCAAUCACCAGCGUCUGAUCGGCGGAGACCAAGAUGAUUCGCGUUUGAGGGACACUCCGCUGGCGCUUCCAUCUUCCUCCGAGUGGAAAAGAAGAGAUGUGGCCGUGUGGCACGUGGUAUGGGAUGUGGUCAACGCCUGCAUCUCUCCACCUCCGAGGAACGCUCUAAGUGUGGACUUUGCUUACUUGCGCUCUCUUCCCCUUUCUGAGAGGUCUCUCUCCUCCGGAGCUUUAAUCGGCUUCUUCCAUCGCCUCUUGCUCCGAGAACCCAGAGGGACCCCGUUAUAUACAUACGUCUGGGAAGAGUUGGGGGAGCUCACGCGACUCCAUGCGCAAACACUGCAGGAUCUAACGGAUAACAACCUGAUAAGGAACCCGUUGUAAAGAUUCCCCCCAAAUACGACAAGAAAUCGCGGC